AUGAUUCAACUGGGACUUUUAAAUGGAGAUGAUUAUUAAAUAAGGUUGCUAUAAGCUGAAAAUAAUUCAUCAAAUGAAAUUGAAUUUCAAAGGAGUGGAGGUAUUAUUCCUACUAUAUACAUGGCCCUUAAAGAUAAAUAUGGGUAGAUUGUAGGAUCAGAUUUUUCAAGUAAAGUUAGAGUAAGCGUAGAAACUACAAAUUUGGAUAGCAAGCAAAGUCUUUAUUCUCCAAUACUUGAGGGCACUCUCUCCUUCGAUAUAAUAGGAGGCAUAGCAUAAAUAUAAUAAAUUUCAAUUGUUGGAAAUCCUGGCAGUUCUUACAAACUUAUAGUUACAACAGAUGGAAUUGAUUUGACUAAAAAUUCAAAUAAAGAUAAAAUGAAUGAAAAAGGUACCUCAAACCUAGAUUUUGAUUUGAAAAUCGAACUAAGAGAAUGUGAAAUUGGAGAAUAAUUUACUGCUGUUGGAAAAUGCUAGAAGUGUGAGUAGAGUUUUUCAUUAGUAAAAAUGACUUCUCCAGGAUUUUGUGAAAAUUGUCCUUCAGAAAAAGCCAUUUGCAAUGGAGGUGCUGAAAUAGGACCUCAGCCUGGAUUUUGGAGAAAAAGUAAUUAAUCUAAGGAGAAUGCUUGUUAGGAUAUUAAGGUAUUCUUUGCGCUGAUUGUAUCAAUGGCUAUUCUAGGGAUAAUGAUUACUAAUGUGGUAUAUGUCCUGAGCCUGCUCUUAAUGUAUUAAGAUUGGUUACGAUUUUCAUAGCAUGUGUUAUUCUUGUUGUUCUCAUGA